AUGUCAUGGAAACAAGACACUGACACUUUCACCUCCGAACCCACCGUUUAUAUCGAUGACGCGGGUCUGAUCUGGGAUGCGACCUUGAAUCAAACCGUGUCAGCCAGUAACGCAAACAAGUUCUAUCGUGUCCAAAUCCUGGUCGGCAAACAGGGAAAAUAUGUCACUUGGACCCGGUGGGGCCGAGUUGGAGAGCACGGUCAGUCAGCCAGGCUUGGAGAUGGUAGCUUGACAGAAGCAAUCAAACAGUUUGAGGGCAAAUUUAAGAGCAAGUCAGGCUUGAAGUGGGAAGAUCGGCUUGCCACUCCAAAGCAUGGAAAGUACACGUUCCUCGAGCGUAACUACGAGGAAGAUGAGGAAGAGGAAGAAAAGGAAGUCAAAAAGGACAACGGUGUCAAGAACGAGAAUGGACUCGAGGUUGUAAGCGGUCUCUCAAAGCCUAUUCAGAACUUGAUGAAGUCCAUCUUCAACAGCAACCAUGUCCUCGAGGCUCUGGCGGCGAUGUCCUAUGAUGCCAAUAAGAUACCUCUCGGAAAGCUGAGCAAGCGGACCUUGACAAAUGAGUUCUUGGUUCUCAAAGAACUCUCUGAACUGAUCGCGGCACCGGCUACCGCCAAUGCGACAUACGGACUCCCAUACAUGAAUGCGAUUGAAAGCCUUAGUGACCGCUACUACACACUGAUUCCGCACGUUUUUGGCCGUAACCGGCCUCCAACUCUUGGAAGCAACGAGCAGAUCAAGAAGGAGGUUGAGCUGCUUGAGGCCCUGACGGACAUGGACGUUACCAACGAGAUCAUGAGAGACAACCAAGGUGCCGAUGAGAUACAUGAGUUGGAUCGCCAGUUACAGAGUCUGGGAAUGGAAGAGAUGGUCGAACUGGAUCAUGAAUCAACCGAAUUCAAAGAACUGGAAGACUAUCUCCAAAACUCCCGCGGAUCAACUCACCAUCUUGAGUACCAAGUUACCAACAUCUUCCGCAUCGAGCGCCAAGGCGAAAAUGACCGUUUCAACGCAUCCCCUUACGCCAGCAUCACCAACAGUGACCGCCGCCUCCUGUGGCACGGGUCCCGAAGGACAAACUUCGGUGGUAUCCUAAGCCAAGGACUUCGCAUUGCAUCCCCGGAAGCCCCAGUAAACGGCUAUAUGUCCGGCAAGGGAGUCUACUUAGCCGACACAUCUAGCCAAUCCGCCAACUACUGCUGCCACUACAACAGCGGCGGCAUGGCUCUCCUACUCUGCGACGCCGAAGUCGGAGCCCCAAUGCUGGAACUUGAGAGGAGCGAUUACAACGCCGGCGAUGUAUGCAAGCAGACAGGCAAACUCGCAACACUCGGAAAAGGUCGCAAUAUCCCUGGUGGGUGGAAGGGUGCUACUUGUUUAAAUCCUGCUUUGCAGGGUGUUACCAUGCCUGAUGUUGAGAUCAAACAGCAGGAGGCGCAGGGUGCGGGACUUUAUUACAAUGAAUACAUUGUUUAUGAUGUUGCUCAGAUUUGGCAGCGGUGUUUUCCAAGUUCACAUCAAGUGAGAGCUUUGAGGAUUGGGGCUGUGUUGUGUGUUGUGCAUAAUGUCGGAGUCUCGGAUGGUCAUCCUUGA